AUGAAUACCCAUAGUUUUAGACCAAAGAAUAAAAAGUCUCCUCGGUUCUAUUUUAUUUGCCACUUCUCGCCAAAUUUUUUUUUAAACGCGUUAAACAUUUCAAUUCAAAUUUGGUUUCAAUUAACGAAUACAAAUAUUUUCCGAAACAUCUUCUCUCUCUCAUCGGUUAUAAAUAAACAAGUAAGCACAGUACAAAACACAACACGAGACCCAAGAAGAAUCUCAAUCUCAUUUCAUUUCAUUACCACAAUGCCGCGAACCUAUCUCUCUGUCGUUUUCUUCCUCCUCUUCCUCUCUCUACCUCUCUCCUCCCUCUCUCAACCAUCGCACUCCGUCUACAACUCGUUCCUCAAAUGCUUCUCCAUGAGAACGAGAACCCCACAAGCCCAAAUCGCCAAGAACGUCUUCUCUCCGACCAACCCUUCCUACACCUCCGUCCUCCGCGCUUACAUCCGAAACGCGAGGUUCAACACCUCCUCAACUCCCAAACCGACCAUCAUCGUCACUCCUCGCUCAUACAGCCACGUCAGCGCCGCCGUCCUCUGCUCGAAGCCCUUGAACUUCGUCUUCAAGAUCCGAAGCGGCGGACACGACUACGACGGUCUCUCCUACGUCUCCGACAAACCGUUUUUCGUCCUCGACAUGUCGAACCUCCGCGACGUAUCCGUUAACAUCGCCGAUCAGACGGCGUGGAUCUCCGCCGGAGCGACACUCGGCGAGGUUUACUAUAAAAUCUGGGAGAAAAGCAGAGUCCACGGAUUCCCCGCCGGAAUUUGUCCGACGGUCGGCGUCGGCGGUCACUUGAGCGGCGGCGGGUACGGUAACAUGGUGAGGAAGUACGGUUUGUCGGUGGAUCACUUGAUCGACGCGAAGAUCGUCGACGUGUGGGGCCGUGUUUUGGACCGGAGAGGGAUGGGAGAGGAUCUCUUCUGGGCGAUCUCAGGCGGAGGAGGAGGGAGCUACGGCGUCGUUUUGGGUUACAAGAUCAAGCUCGUUCCCGUACCGAAGACAGUUACGGUGUUCAGAGUGGAGCAGUAUAUGGACUCCGGAGCGGUGGAUAUGGUUCACAAGUGGCAGUACGUCGGUCCGAAAACCGACAGGAAUCUGUUCAUGAGGAUGCUGAUUCAGCCCGUGACGAGGAAGAAGGUGAAGACGGUGAGAGCUUCGGUGGUUGCUCUGUUCUUAGGCAGAGCAGACGACGUCGUUUCGCUUCUAGAUAAGGAGCUUCCUGAGCUGGCUUUAAAGAAGGAGAACUGUACGGAGAUGACGUGGAUGCAGUCUGCUUUGUGGUGGGAUAACGAUAAGAACGCUACUGAGACCGAUCCUAAAGUGUUUCUCGAUCGGAACCUCGACUCCUCUAGCUUCGGGAAGAGGAAGUCUGAUUACGUUGCGAGGGAGAUUCCUAGAGAUGGGAUUGAGUCUCUGUUCAAGAAGAUGAUCGAGUUAGGAAAGAUCGGAUUGGUUUUCAAUCCUUACGGUGGGAGAAUGGCGGAGAUUGCGGAGGACGCAACGCCGUUCCCCCACCGGAAUAUGCUUUACAAGAUUCAGUACUCUGUGAACUGGAAAGAGUCGUCUCCGGAGAUUGAGAAGGGUUUCUUGAACCAGGCUAAAGAGCUUCACAGUUUCAUGACCAGGUUUGUGAGCAUGAGCCCUAGAAGUGCUUACUUGAACUAUCGAGAUGUUGAUAUCGGGGUGAACGAUCAGGGGAAGGAUAGCUACAAGGAAGGAGAGGUUUAUGGAAGAAUGUAUUUUGGAAAGAACUUUGAUCGGUUAGUUAAAAUUAAAACCAAGGUUGAUCCUGGGAACUUCUUUAGGAAUGAACAGAGUAUACCUACCUUGCCACGCAAGUCAUAAGAGAUAUUUGUUUAUCUUUUGAUAUAAAAUUUGAAUUUUUCACUUUAAUAAUGUAAUGCUGUGGUGAAGUGUUAUAGAAUGCAUUGGUUUUGGACUA